UUUAGAUCCCGCAGCAAAUGCUGAGGAGGACCCAGCUGAUGCAAGCAGGGUACCUUUAGAUUGACAGAAGUCGAUUCAGUUUGUAACUGUGUGCAUCUUUAUGUUCUGUUUAUUGAACAUAGUUGAUCGGGUGUACGAUUUCCAAGUCGCUAUGUCUGGAACAGGUCGCGGCCGAGGCAAAGCACAAUUCACUUUCAACAUCGAAGCUAUCGGCUUUUCCCGAGGCGAAACUCUGCCUGAAACAGCGUGUCAACCCCUCCCUUUGUUUCCGCCCACAGAAUUUAAGCCUGUCCCCUUGAAUACAGGGGAAGAUGUAAACUAUAUCCUGGCCUUGAAGCAAGAGCUAAGAGGAGCCUGCAAGAAACUGCCAUAUUACAUUGACCAUGUCAAUACAAAGAAAG